UCUUAUUCCUUUGGUAAAGAACGGUCCGGUGUUUCCUAUGCUAAAGGUUAUAAGAAAUGAAGCAUUGAAACACCUUUUCUUAGCAUUUAGAGGAUUUAAACAGCUCUUAUCGUGCCGGCCAAUUAGAUACUUCGGAGUCAUUUCACUCACUUAGGAACCUCCCUAAGCAAAAAGGACUUUUCGACAAAAAACCAGGACUCUCGUCAAACAUGGGGUUGCAAAGUCAAGCCCUUGUUUCUGCAAAAUGGCUUGCAAACAUGGUCAACCGCAAUCUUGUCGGACCGCGUCUGCGGGUCCUGGACACAUCCUGGUACCUACCGAUGAUGAAUCGAGACGGCAAGAAGGAGUUUACCCGAUCUCACAUCCCGGGAGCGUCUUUCUUCGACAUAGACGCUUGCUCGGACAGGAACUCAAAGUUCGACCACACGCUCCCGAACGAGCAGUUUUUCGCAGACUACGUGGGGAACUUGGGCAUCGGAGAUGACAGUCAUGUGGUUGUUUACGACGCCAGUGACUUUGGGGCAUUUUCUUGCACCAGGGUUUGGUGGAUGUUCCGGUUGUAUGGACAUCCUCAAGUGUCGCUGCUUGACGGGGGUUUCAGGGACUGGGUGAGGGAGGGCUAUCCGGUCUCGAUCACCUACACCCGGCCGGAAGCAGCCCGCUUCACCGCCACCAUGAACCGCUCCUGGGUGAAGUCGUUUGAGGACAUUUCAGAGAACAUUGCGACUCAGCGGUUCCAGGUGGUGGAUGUGAGGCCCCGUGAACGGUUCCGUGGGAGAGAACCAGAACCAAGAGAGGGUGUCGACCCGGGUCACAUCCCCGGCUCCAAAUGCAUGCCUUUCCUUGAGUUUCUCGAGGAUGACGGCAUGAUGCUGUCCACGGAGAAGCUGAAGAAGUUCUUCGAGGAGUCCGAUGUGGACCUGAACAAGCCAAUCUGUGGAUCCUGUGGCUCCGGUGUGACCGCCUGUCACAUGGUGCUGGCCGCCCAUCUGUGCGGCGCCCCCGGGGCGACCGUGUACGAUGGCUCCUGGUACGAGUGGUUCACCAAGGCUCCGCCAGAGCACGUGGUCUCCGAGGUCAAACGCAAGCUCACCAAGGAGUGACAAGUCUCACAAAAGUCUCACUUACAGCAUUUAAAAAAUAUAUAUAUAUCACUUCAUGUUACCGAUUGAUUUAUCGCACAUUAAGCUCAAUCACAAAUAUUUUAAUAUCCAGGAAUGAGCAGAUAUAUAAACCUUAAAUCUAAGCUGUGUUUGUUUUUGAGCAUUUGGAUGUGGAUUUAACACACAUUCUAUACUUGAUUGUGAAACAAGGCAGUUUGAUCUGUUGGCAGAUUAGAAGUAGGUCUGAACUCAGUUUGACUUUGGUUGGAUUGAUUGUCACAACUUUGUUGCAACAUGUGAAAAGAAAUGUCUGUUGCUGCUGUCAGACUCCCGUUACAGACCUGUUACUGACGGGUGAAGGAAUACUUGUUUUUCAACUUGUUUGACAUAAUUCCAACUAAAUCUUUUAUCUGAUAGGCUCUCUGCCCUCUGUGGGCGUGUGUAUCCAUAUGGCACAUCCUGGUGGUGCUUGGUAAGAAGUGCACUUUAAAAAGAUGGGCAUGUUUAGUUAUAAACGACCACUUUACCAGGUAGAUGCACUUCUUCCAAAGACCUUUUAAUAUGUGAUUUAAAUAUAAGCUAUAUUUUAAUAUCCACACUGACUUCUUAUUGAAGAAAUGUUUAAGAAUGUUUUCGCCUUUUCUUCUUCUUUUUUUUUUUUGGAAAUGUCAUGUCUGGUUGUUCAAACUAUAGUUGGUGUUGAAUAUGAAAAGUUGAACACGUAGCCGUGACUUCUCAUGUUUCUUUUCCGUGUUGGCCUCCUAAUAAAGAGCACAGUCACGAGCCUU